UAAAUACUUUGUACGAUUGUACUCUCUCCUAAUCUAUCCUUGUUAUUCUUCAUUGAUUACUGAACAUAUUAUUAAUUGAAUACACAUUCCUGAAUGCACUGUUAUCAUUGUCUAUAUGAAAACGAGUCUUAUUUGUAUAGGAACUAAAUCGUUACUGCCAUCGUUACUGAAUUUGUUACUGUCAUAACAAUUACAAUGCCUGCAACAGCUUUGCAUAAGUUUAUAACAUUCAUAGGAUUACUUUCAAUACUACAUGCGGCCUAUUCUGCUGCGCAACAUCGUUCAUACUUGCGAAUAACGGAACAAGAAUUUACCACUCUACCGAUCGAUAUUUUAAUACAGGGCAUUGUCAGCUUAUUUAUGGUUAUGUACGGAGUAAUGUAUAUAGCUGGCGAUUUCAAAGAAAUUCGAGCUGUGGUUGAUUUGGAAAAUAAGUCUUGGGAAACUCUGCGAAAUUUUCCAUCAUUUCAAAUAUUCAAUCAUCGCGGAAGACAUUUUUUUCUUCGACAAUAAGGUUAUGCUAAAUUAAUGUUAAAAAAGAUGUAAUAUCAAUGCAAUUUUUCGAGGAUUAAUAAAUUUGAUACACUUCGCAAUA